AUGGAAGAACUGAGGUAUCUCUCUGAAUAUAGUCAAAAGGUGCAAGGACACGUUAUUGGUAUCGACCUUGGCACGACCAACAGUUGUGUUUCCGUCAUGGAAGGCAAGACACCGCGCGUGAUUGAAAACUCGGAAGGUGGAAGAACCACACCUUCCGUCGUUGCAUUUACCAAAGACGGUGAACGUCUUGUCGGAUUGCCCGCGAAACGUCAAGCCGUCGUCAAUCCGGAAAAUACACUUUUCGCCACCAAGCGUCUGAUUGGCCGAAAAUACAAAGAUGAGGAAGUUCAGCGAGAUAUCAAAGCCGUGCCAUACAAGAUUGUGGCCCAUUCCAAUGGUGAUGCCUGGUUAGAAGCCAGAGGUCAAAAAUACAGUCCAUCCCAGAUUGGCGCCUUUGUCGUCGGCAAAAUGAAAGAAACAGCAGAAGCCUUUUUGGGAAAAAGCGUGAAAAAUGCCGUGAUCACGGUCCCUGCUUACUUUAACGAUUCUCAGCGCCAGGCUACAAAAGAUGCUGGUGCGAUUGCUGGUUUGCAAGUGCAGCGUGUGAUUAACGAACCCACCGCAGCUGCGCUUGCCUACGGUCUUGACCGAGCCAACACGGGCGACAAACAAGUCGCUGUUUUCGACUUGGGCGGUGGUACUUUUGAUAUCUCAAUUCUCGAAAUCCAAUCCGGUGUCUUUGAAGUGAAAAGUACCAACGGUGAUACUCACUUGGGUGGUGAAGAUUUCGACAUUCUUCUCGUCCGCUGGAUGAUUGACCAGUUCAAGAAAGAUACUGGAAUCGAUCUUGGCAAUGACCGAAUGGCCGUGCAACGUAUUCGCGAAGCAGCCGAGAAAGCCAAAAUUGAACUGUCGUCAACUGUCAAGACGGAUAUCAACCUUCCUUUCAUUACAGCCGACGCGACGGGUCCCAAACACAUGAACAUUGCUCUCAGCCGAGCUCAGUUUGAGUCAAUGGCUUCACCAUUGAUGGACCGAAUCAAUGACCCGUGUAGCAAAGCGAUGAAGGACGCCAAUGUGAAGAAAGGCGAUAUCGGCGAAGUCAUUCUUGUAGGUGGUAUGAGCCGUAUGCCUAAAGUUCAGCAAAUUGUCAAGUCGAUCUUUGGAAGAGAACCAGUCAAGAGCGUGAAUCCGGAUGAAGCUGUGGCCAUGGGUGCAGCUAUUCAGGGCGGUGUGUUGGCUGGUAGUGUCACCGAUUUGCUUCUUCUCGAUGUGACGCCUUUGUCGCUUGGUAUUGAAACCUUGGGUGGUGUUUUCACGCGUCUCAUCAAUCGUAAUACGACUAUUCCCACCAAGAAAGCGCAAGUAUUCUCGACAGCGGCCGACGGGCAAAAUGCAGUGGAUAUCAAAGUCUAUCAGGGCGAACGUGAAUUGGUGCGCGACAAUAAAUUGUUGGGCAAUUUCCAAUUGACGGGCAUUCCUCCUGCGCCGCGUGGUGUGCCUCAGAUUCAGGUCGAAUUCGAUAUUGAUGCCGACGGUAUUGUCAAUGUCAGCGCCAAGGAUAAGGCGACUGGCAAAGACCAGUCCAUGACGAUUGCGGCUUCCUCGGGACUGAGUGAAAGCGAAAUUGAGGCCAUGGUGCAACAAGCGGAAGCCAAUGCGGAACAAGAUCGCAAGCGCAGAGAUGCGAUUGAAAUGGCCAAUCGCGCCGAUUCGGUGGCCAAUGAUACUGAAAAGGCUUUGGACGACUUCAAGGAUCAGCUGGAUAACACGGAAGCCGAAAAGUUGCGUACCCAGAUCCAAGGACUGCGAGAGAUCGUGACCAAGGCGCAAAGCGGUGAUACUUCGGUUGAAUCCGAUGCCUUGAAAUCCAAGGUCGACGAACUUCAACAAAGCAGCUUGAAGCUAUUUGAAAUGGUUUACAAACAGGUAAGCGCAGUUUAG